UUUAACUUAUUUUGUUCCAAAAUUAUUCCUCCCAAAAAUUUCUGAAAAAAUGUCCGAACUUAAUCCCCACAAGCUUUCUACCGGAAGUCAUAAAUUAUCAGUCGGAAGUCGAAAAGAUUCGGGAAGGAAACAAUCUAUGGUUGAGAGAGCGGAGGCUGCAGGAAUCGACAAAAACACGAUUAUUCUUACAGUCAACUUGAUGAUCCUGAUUGUACUUGUUGGAAUUCUCUACGUGAUUGCAACAUCAGCAAUGAAUGUAAGUGGAGGACAGGGAAGCCGACAUCAUGCUACGGAGCAAUGA